UUCACUCUCAAAGUACUCUCCUCCCAUUCCUUCCCCUCCACAUCUGACGAGAGCUAUCCCAGCUCUGUAGUGUCAUCCUGGUCGCACACUCCAACUGGAGCUCAGAUGGGGCUCCUGGCAGCUCUGGUCGCUCUGCUCUGCAUCUACACUCCAGCGUCUGUUGCUCAGGGAUGCAGUGGCUUUAGAAACCUGGAAAACGGGAGAACAUUUUUCCGUUACAGCGGACUGCUGGUGAUCUUCCGCUGUCACCCAGGCUACAAGCUCCAUGGAUACAAAACCAACAGCUGUGUGUCUGGGCACUGGUCCCGGGACCCACCAGUCUGUGUUGGCUCCGGCUGCUCCAGCCCGGGGCUGCUGACCCACGGGACGAGCAGCAUGAAUGAGGAUGGCUCCUGGGCAGCGUUCAGCUGUAAUAGUGGCUUCCAGCUACUUGGGCCCUCAAUGUUAUACUGUAAGGGCCACAGCUGGAAUGGCACAAAGCCUGUAUGCAAAGAGUCCGACAUGAUGAGCUCGGUUUCAGGCGUCAGUGUGCUGAAGCCAAACAUACUCCAGCACCUUCAGGCGGCUGUAGUUCUGAAGACCCAGCAACAGUCCCACUAUGACGUCCUGUCUAACACAGCUGCCAAAGAAGCAAACCUUAAAUUUGGCUUGAUGUCUCAUACACCAUCACAAAUGUCCAACAGUGAGAGGAUGAAAGUGACUAACCUCAAAGUCCGCCUGCAGCAGCACAUUCAGAUUAAAGUCAAAGACGGAGUCCAAGCAGCUCAUCAUGAGGCUCAACUUCAGGAGGCAAAUGAAGCCCAAGGGUCGGAAACAGGAAGUGGGAGGCACGGCUCAGAAGAGAAACCAGAGAAGGUGGACAACGUUACAGAAACAUUCGCCUUUAAAUCACAUCUAACUACUACUGUCUCCUCUACCUUAUCAUUAGUGUCAGGAAGAGAGCGAUCAGUAUCUUCACCACCAUCAUUCUCAACAGCUCAUACAUCAACUAUCACUGCUGCCACAAAUACUACGUUCAAGCAUACUCUCCCAACUGUGAUCCGAUUUGGAGAAGCUGUCACAUCCCAGGAUUAUGUGACGAACUCUGAAGCAGUAACGGACUCUUCACAAACUGCAGGUGAAGACCAACAGGCCGGAACCGGCCUCCAGUAUCCGCCUUUGUCUCAGCCUGGCUCUGUAGAUGAAGAGGAGCCCACAGAGACUUCAACAUACACUUUAUCUCCUUCUGUUUAUUCCAUUUCUAUCAGUUCUCUCUCCGUUUCAUCUCCUGCUUCAUAUGCAACCCCUGUGUCAUUAUCAAACCCCCUUCCCUCCUUGCCUGCCUCAACUUCCUCACGUCCCAGCUCCACCGCCACGUCCAGUUUAAAAACACAAACGCCCAAUGUCACCCUUCCAUCAAACACUUCCCCCAGCGGUGAGGCAAGAUCUCACCAGACUGAACGCCACAACCUCACGAUGAACGCCUCCUCCGCACCACCUCUGACCCUCAGCGGACGACCUGUGUGCCCGUACCCACCUGUGCCCGCUCAUGGGACCUUCCACUUUCGUAACGUAGAGAAUCCAGGUCCCGGAGCGUACAGACAUUACAUACAGUACGCCUGCUACUCUGGUUAUACACUGGCUCAUGGAGACAUACACAGCUACUGCCAGCGGGGGGGCACCUGGAGUGGAAUCACCCCUGUUUGUCUGGAGUUGACGCCAUGUUCAGUGAACAACGGCGGCUGUUCCCAGCUGUGCACUCACUCCCAACACUUCAACCAGAGCGCCAACCAGAACCACACCAGAACUCAGUGCCACUGCAGACCUGGAUUCACUCUGCUGGAUGAUGGGCAAACAUGUCGAGAUUUAGAUGAGUGUGUGGAGGUGCAGCACCAGUGUCAGCAGAGAUGCAUCAACACAUUUGGUUCUUUUAAGUGCAGCUGUGAUGAGGGCUACCAGCCGGGUCACGACCAAACCUCCUGCCCAGAUGUGGAUGAGUGCUUGCUGCCUGUCGCUGUAACAGGCUGUGUGUUUGGCUGUGUUAACACUCCUGGAAGCUUCCAUUGCCAGUGUCCCACUGGCUACAGCCUUCAGUCGGCAGCCAGCCACUGUCAAGAUAUAGAUGAGUGUGCUGGUAAUCAGGGGCUUGGGCCAUGUAUGGUGCAAUGCCAUAACUCACCAGGAUCCUACCGAUGCUCCUGCACCUAUGGGCACAUCUUAGCUGGAGACGGACACAGCUGCAUCGCCGAGUGUCCGACUGGAUACAGGAAGCAACCAACACCACCUGAGAAUUCAGCUGCACAAGCUCUUAAGGAGGAGUGUGUAGAUAUAAAUGAGUGCCAUGAGGAAAGGUGUGAAUGGCAGUGUGUCAACCUGCCAGGCUCUUACCGCUGCAUCUGCCCCAGAGGAUACACACUUCAGAGAGAUGGCAAACGCUGCAAGGACAUUAAUGAGUGCAGUCGCAGGAAUGGAGGUUGUUCCCACCUGUGUUUGAACCAGAAAGGUGGGUACAAAUGUGCCUGCCCAGCCACCCAUCGCCUCUCCCCUUACAGCUGGAAGAAAUGUCUACCGAGGACAACAGCCAACGCCGCUGGCUGAGCCGCGCAGUACACCCGACACAAGUGUCUCCUGCUACUGCAUGUCACAGUCCUGGACGGGUUUUCAAGACCGUGAUGAGUGAGGAGUAAAGGAGGAGACGUGUUAUAGUGGCCGGGACAGUUCAACCAGACAUUAAAAUUGAAUGUAAAAGAUGCAUUGUAAAACUCAAAGUAAAUAAAGAACAUAAAAGUGUAA